AAAGAAGAUCGCGCUAUCCGAUAGUGGCCCAUUGGAUACACUGAGCGAGGCAGAGGGUAGUAACAGACGGUGCUGGCCACCCUUUUGUUUAUCUUUCAUCCCGCUGCGACACUUCCCUUCCUCGUCCACCACCAACAUCCGCUACCACUACCCACAGUAUUACCGAUAUCACACAAGACGGCACAACUUCCGUUACAUGCAACAUAAUUACACGACACGCUCGACGCUACACGCACUGCGCAACUACCACAUACCACAUUACCAACUCAGCAGCACACCGCAGCCAAGCCAACGUACACUACUCAAGAUGAAGCUUCUCAACCUUCUUAUGGCGUCCGGUACCGCAACUGCAUACGUCUUCACAUACUUCGGCAAUUGCCCACAUGAUAAUCCGAAGCUGUACGCCGAACCUCCACGCACCUACGCCAUACAAUGCCAGUUCGAUGAUGCCGUGCUGUGCGGCAUUCAUAACUGUCAUCGACCGCAUUGUUGGACUGCUCCCGCGAUUCAUGUCAACGAGCUCCAUGCCGCCGACAUGCGUGGCGACAAGGCCGCUAUGAUCAAAGUCCGAGAUGAGAUCUGGGGUCACAUCGAGCACACUAAGGCUCAGCACGCCCACAAUGAACUCCGCCACCACAAUAAUCUGAACGAAUCUCAACCUCUUGAUGAUUCUCAGUCCCUCAAUGAUUCUCGGGCUCGCGACGAGCUUUAGAAAGAGCCGUCACAUGGUUGCUUAGCGUCUGGAGUGGAGUGUGGCACCUCCUUUGGUCGAUGCUGCAACAGCCUGUGCACGAUGGACAAGGGCAAAGGGUCACUCACCUGCCAAUGAAAGCAUUGAGUGCAGGUGGUACGGCUACAUGACGCUAGGCGUC